AAUGAAAGUAAAACUAGAUUUGACAUUGUUGAACAGAGCUGAGACGCCAUUACAGGAUGUCAGAUCUCUGCUGAAAAACAAACGAUUGGAGUAUUUGAAGCAAUCAAGACAAGAGACAGAAACUUGGUGAGUCCUGCUGUGAAAAAUAACUUCUACAACAAAUGGCUGAGAAAAGUUUUGCUCUUCUUGAAAGUUUCCUGAGCUGCCAUGUGUGUUCAGAGACUUUCAGAGAUCCUGUGUCUCUGAGCUGCAACCACAACUUCUGUUCAAGCUGCCUGAAAAAAAUAUGGGAACAAGCUGAAAACAAAAAUUGUCCUAUUUGUGAAAGAAGAUCCUCAAAGGAAUUUCCACCAGUGAACUUUUCUUUGAAGGAACUGGCUGACUCAUUUGCUGGGAGACAACAAUCUGGAUCAUCUGAGGCAGAAAAAGAAGUGAAGAAGGUGGAGGUGGUGUGUAGUAAACAUCCAGAAGUCCCCAAAUUGUUCUGUGAGGACAAGCAGACAGCUGUGUGUCCUGUCUGUGAUGUUUCUCUCCACCAGAGCCACAAGGUGGUUCCUAUAGAACCAACUGUCAGUGAGCUGAAGGAGCAGCUGGAAUCUGACUUAAAGUCUCUAAAGGACAAGAGGAACAAAUACAAACAAGUGGAGAAAACAUACAAUGAAGUGAUUCAACACUCCAAGAAGCAGCUGUUGUCCACAGAGAGGCAGAUCAGAGCAGAGUUCAACAAGCUCCACCAGUUCCUGAAAGAGGAAGAGGAGUCCAGACUGGCAGCUCUGAGGGAGGAAGAGGAGCAGAAGGGGAAGACUGUCAGCAGAGAGAUGAAGAUGAUUGAGGAGCAGCUCUCCUCUCUGUUGGACAGUAUCUGUGCUGUUGAACAAGAGCUGCAGAAACACAACGUGCCAUUCCUCAGCAGUUAUAAAGCCACUCAGACCAGAGCCAGAGUCCAGUGCUCACUGUCAGAUCCACAGCUGGUCUCAGGAGCGCUGAUAGAUGUGGCCAAACACCUGGGCAACCUGUCCUUCAGAGUCUGGGAGAAGAUGAAGGACCAGGUCCAAUUCAGUCCUGUCAUUCUGGACCCAAACACUGCAUACCCCUGGCUCCAUCUGUCUGAUGAUCUGACCAGUGUGAGACAUGGAGACACAGACCAGCAGCUUCCUGACAAUCCAGAGAGAAAUACUUCCUCUGUCACUGUUCUGGGCUCUGAAGGCUUCAGCUCAGGGAAACACAGCUGGGAGGUGGAGGUGGGAGAUCAUCCUAGCUGGAAUGUGGGUUUGGUUAAAGAGUCAGUUGACAGGAAGGGAGAGAGAUUUGCUACAUCAAAAUAUGGAAUUUGGUGUUUAUCGCAUGCUGAUGGAAAAUAUACUUACGGUCCUGGUGAGACUGUCAGAGUAGAGAAAAGUCUCCAGAGGAUCAGAGUCCAGCUGGACUAUGACAGGGGGGAGGUGUCCUUCUACGACCCUGAAGACAUGACUGACAUCUACACUCACAGAGACACUUUCACUGAGAAACUCUUCCCAUAUUUCAGUAUUGGAAAUGCUGGUGAUGCUAAAACUGCUGAUAUCAAAAUCUGCCAGAGUGAUAUUUCUCUGUGAUGUUCAGGAAUUAAUUGUUCAGACCUGUACCUUUAAUAUCACUGUCUGAAACAGAUGUGAUUUGAUGUUGACGGUCACAGAAAUGUUUUCCUCACUGUUUCUUUUUUCUGAUAUAAAUGAUCCAAAGUGGUUUUCAUGCACAAAACUGAAAACAUUUACGCCUCACUGCUUUCAAUUAAAAACUUAAUUUUCACUUUUGAAACACAAGAUUUUAAUCAGAUCACAAUAUAACAUUCUUUAACUUUUAUAAUUUUGUUUGUCAAAUUUUGGAUCUUCUGAUGAUUCUUUUGGUUUUGAUCAUGUUUUAGUUUCAGUUUUUACUCUUUACAGUCAGAGUCUCAGUGGUUCAGAGGAUCAACACACAUUCUGACUGACUGAUUGUAAAUCUUUAUCAUCUGUUGUCGAGUCACAUGAUGUUUAUCUAAAGUGUCUCUACUGUCAGCAAUGAAUUACGAAAAGUGGUUUUGAUCUCCUUGUUUUCAUGUAAACUCACUGUGACAAUAUUCACACUUAAUUCAUCAGUGUCAGCUGAAAAUCAUAAUUUUAAAGAUGCUGAUUUGUUAAAAGUUAUAUUUUAUUCAGCCUGCAUGUAUAAAGGC